AUGAACUUUUCAAUUUUCCAAUCCUACCCUUCCCUUUCUCACCCUGUCUUCCCCAUUUUUCCCAGAACCCACCUUUGGCUUCCUUUCGAGACUUCUCUCUCACUCUCACUUCCCUUCUCUGUUUCAGAAAAAUCCUUCAGGUGUGAUGCCAUCCCUUAAAAAAAAAAAAAAAAAAAAAACCUUUAUAUUUUAAGCAAGUCUUUCCUUUUUCCUUGUUCAUUUAAUUGUUUUCUAUUAUUAUACAAAUCCUAAAACUUGACGAAAAGAUUGGAGCUUUCAGCUUGCUACGCCAGAUCUGAAAGAAGCCAUCCUUCCUCCCAGAGAUCUCUCUCGUUCUCCAGGUCGCGUUCUUUGGCUCGGCGUCCUUCCUAUGCUUCUUGUCAUGAGUGGUGCUUGUCGGCUGACUGUGGGUCGGAGGAUCCAUGAGUAUAUGAUGAAGGUGGGAUUAACGGGGAAUUCGCAGGUUACGAAUGCACAGCUGAUCUUGAAGCAUGGUGGUGCUGCUAGUGCCAUAGCAAGUAAAGCAUUGGUGCUUGAGAGUUUGCGAAGUGGGGUGAAUCAGCAACAAAACAGUAGGGUGAAUUACAUGCAAUCAAGACUUUGUUCUGUUAUGAAAUCCUCUGCAAAAGAAAUUGCUUUUGAUCAGCAUUUUCAACAUGCACUACAAGGUGGACUUGACAAGCUUGCGGGUGUUAUUGGCCUUACUUUUGGUCCUAGGGGAAGGAAUGUUGUGAAUGAGGGAGUCAAAUUUGGCAGAGCUAUUGAGUUACCGCACGACGUUGGAACUACCAUUGAGCGGUUUUGAUGUUGGACAGAGGGCAGUGGUUGCAGUUGAAUUGAAAACAUGCCUUUUCACAAGGUUUAAAGUCUAUAAAAGGAGCUGAGCUCCCUGAAUUGUAGUAGAUCAGAAUUUACAAACAGAAAUACAAAACCCAAAAAAAUAUUGGAGCCCUGCUCCCUUCUAGCCUUCUCCAUUUGCCAUUUCUAUUGCUGCUUGCAGGUUGAAUAGGGUCCUGAGAUUUGUGAUCCUAUCAUGUGAACUCUGCUUCUGAUUUAUCUUAGGGUUUAGGUAUAUAUUCUGCAGUGAAAAGGCGUGACCUUGAACCUCCCCUUGCAUCCAAGAGUUUGACCUUUUUAGGUUAUUACAAAUA